AUGUUGCGAGAAGAAAACCAGAAAUACAACUGCACUGUAAGAGCUCUGUCUUUACACUGACUUGUCGGUUACGAUUUUAUGGAGUUUAUCUACUUGCAUACAAACGCAAUGUACACCUGUAUGAUGAUACAUUUGGUAUUUUCUUGCAAGAAAAUACGACUUCGAAAAUACAUAAAUUUGAAUUUAUUUGUCACUUAGAUAUAGCGUUCUAAGUUAUAAUAACUGUGUAUGAUGUGGGCAAUUCAAUAAUAAUAUUGAUUAGUUUUUAGGUUAUGAUCGUGACUGGAGCAAAAACUAAUGACUUUUAUAUUUUUUUUUUUUCAGUACGCUGGUUCCGUGGAAAGUUUUUAAAGAUAAGUUAAAUGAAGUUCAUCCAAUUAGUUCUGGAUUACAGGCUAUGGCAUUAAAGUCAACAAUAGAUCUCACGUGCAAUGAUUAUAUCUCUAAUUUUGAGUUUGAUGUAUUUACAAGGUUAUUUCAACCAUGGUCUACACUUCUCCGUAACUGGAAAAUUCUGGCUGUGACACAUCCUGGAUAUGUAGCUUUUCUUACUUAUGAUGAAGUAAAAGCACGUUUACAAAAAUAUUGUAGUACUAGACCAGGAAGUUAUGUAUUCAGACUAAGUUGUACAAGGUUAGGACAAUGGGCUAUUGGUUAUGUUACAUCGGAUGGUGAUAUCCUUCAAACGAUACCUCACAACAAAAGUCUGUGCCAAGCAUUGCUAGAUGGAUAUAGGGAAGGAUUCUACUUAUAUCCUGAUGGUCGUAAUAUAAAUCCAGAUUUAACAUGGGCAGUUCAACCCACUCCUGAAGAACAUAUAAAAGUUACAGCAGAACAGUAUGAGUUAUACUGUGAAAUGGGUAGCACAUUCCAAUUAUGUAAAAUUUGUGCAGAGAAUGACAAAGAUGUAAGGAUAGAACCUUGUGGACAUCUCCUCUGUACUCCAUGUCUCACAGCUUGGCAGGAUUCUGAGGGACAAGGUUGUCCAUUUUGUCGAGCUGAGAUUAAAGGAACUGAACAAAUAGUAAUCGAUCCAUUCGAUCCACGAAGAACACAUCGGCCAGGCACACAAUCAGCAUCUGCUAGUAACGCGUCGACUCCCACACGGGAUCUUGACCCGGACACCGAGGAAAUUAUGGAUUUAUGUAAUGGACAUUGUGGGCUGAUGUGUUACGACUCGGAUGAAGAAGAAGACUCCAGUCCAACAAAUUCGCCAGUUUCGAUACGGAGAAUUGUGCCAAGUCCACCGCUACCUCCUCGACGACCUUCUCCAUCCCCUACGCCAAACAGUCACUCAAGAAAUGGUCGUCACUUAACUGUUCCAAAAGAGAAUGCUCCACCACCGCCUUCAUCAACAGCCAACACCGCAUUCAAUUCUAAUACCGAUAAUCAGCAGAAUAAUAACAUAAAUUCCGAAGCAGGUUACGAUAUGUUACAUCGUGCCUCUUCGCCGUCUCCAAUGCCACCGAUACCCCCCGCGCCGUUUACAAUUGUCAGAGGUCACGUUCGUCGAUCACAACCAAACCAUUUAAGCACAACGCAACCGCCGUCUCUACCUGAGAAAUCUAGCCGCGUCAGUGGUGGAUCUUCAUCGACGACCAGCCAGAUCGCGUCCAGCAAUAACGUACCACCGGUCCCGCCACCGUUGUCGGUGCCACGGCCUCCAAAAGCAAUCAGCAAAGAGCACAACAGACAGGAUCAUCAUUACGAGAAUACGAUCGUGAUACCUGGUACAAGACAACACGUCGUGAGGAACAUUAAUCUGGAAGCGAAUACAGCUCGAUUGUCCGCCCUGAUGAGAGGUAAGGACGAUCCCACCAGUUCUUCUAAGCCAGAAUUCGCGGCAUACGAGAACGUGAACGUCGAACACAUUUCCAAGCUGACGGCUCUCGGAUUCGCACAAGACGCCGUGAUUAGAGCCCUCGGUAUUACUAGGAACGAUCUUGAAAUGGCUUGUGACAUACUACACGAAUUUGCUACGAAAUCGUCUUGA